AUGGGUAGCUCAGGCUUUACUCAGUUCCUGAUCACAGAGAACAUGUGGCCACGAGGAUGUGUACUGGACUGCACUAGGGGGCGCCACCGAUCUGUAUGUGGCAGCAAUGGGCGUCUGUACAAAUCCCUUUGUGCGUUCCAGAGAGCCCAGUGCAUCAACACUCAGCUGAAGACUGCACCACGAGCCCACUGCAUGGAUCCAUACAGGUCCAAAUGUCAGCUGGCACGCUCGCAGGCCAUGGAGUCCAGCAUUCAUACUGACGCUGUAGCUCUCUUUGUCCCAGAAUGCAAUGUAGAUGGAAGCUUCAUGCAGGUGCAGUGUCACAACCAAACAGGCUACUGCUGGUGCUCCACUUCAGAUGGAAAGCCUGUCAGCGGAACCUCUGUCCUGCUUCACAAACCCAACUGCACUGGUCAUCUCAUUGAGUCUGUUCAGGAAGAUGAUUCAGAGUCAGAGCAGAGAGAUGCUAGUCAGUGGCGGCUGACCCCUGACCCUGAGAGGCUGCACAGCCCAUCCAUAGCAGGCAUCACUGCCCCUCCUUUCUGGGUGACCAUUCAACUAAACUCUGACCCAAAAGGCAAUCGCUCAGCUAAACGACCCACAGAGCCAAAGACAUGUGAACGAGAGCGAAUGGCGCUGGUGGCAGAGGUGCGGUCCAUGUGGCAGGAGGAGCGCUUUAUUCCAGAGUGCUCCACGGACGGCCGCUACAGCCCCAUCCAGUGCCACACUGCCACAGGCUACUGCUGGUGCGUGCGGGUGGACACCGGCCGCCCACUUCCUGGCACCUCCACCAGAAAUCGGUUGCCAGACUGCAGUCCUGAGGAGCCUCGGUCCAGCCACACAACCAACACCUACAGGGACAGACCUCUGCCAGGUUGCCCAGGUUCUCGUAAGGCUGUGUUUCUCCAGAGUCUGGUCAGAGCCCUGCAGCUUCAGGCCCAGCAGGCAGGACUGGUACCUGCAGAGAGGGUGGUGGAGGAGAGCAGAACGGAGUCCCCUCUCGGCCCUGCGUCUGACCCCGUGUCCCCCGCCGCACCAGGGCCCACUGCGCCGGACAGCGCCCUCCAGUGGCACUUCCUGCAGCUGGACGUGGACGGUGACGGGGUGCUGAGCGAGCGCGAGGCCCGUCCCCUGCGCCAGUACCUGCGAAGGACACUCAAACCAAGACGCUGCGCCAAGAAGUUCACCCAGUACUGCGACCAGGACAGAGACGCCGCACUCAGCCUGCUGGAGCUCAACACAUGCCUGGGCCUGUGA